CGGUGUCAGUUGGAGAAAAAUGCCCAGUCUCUUCUCAGUUGUUUCUCUUCAGCUUUCAAAACUGUGGUUUACUUGGGGGGGAGGCAAAGAGAGAGGCCCUUUCAGCUUCAGCUGAGGAAAAGGAGACCAGAAAACUCUUUCGGAAGAAGAAGAAGAAUUCAUCAAGUUGUCAACGUCGGAUUGUUCCAGACGGGGACUUUACGUUUUGGGGUUUUUUCCCUCUCUUCCAAGCAUUUUUGAAGAACUCACAAAGAUGUUUCUUCAAAUGCCGCUCCUCCUCUUGCUGAUUGGGAGUGUCUCGUUUCAGGGGUUCGCUGAGGAAGCAAGUACGGUUUUACUGGAAGAUGAAACGGCGACAGGAGACAGUGACGGCUCAGGACCACCUACUCCAUUGCCUACAAAACUACAGGACACAUCAGACACUGUCGCCUUUGAAGAACUGAUGACCACAGAAAGUGCUGUGUCACCUAGUGAAGAUAGCGAUAACUCAACAAAGCCAGAAGUCCCUGAAAGUUCUGAAGAUGGUCUGGAAACAGCGACGCUGGUUGGGAUCAUCGUUGGGAUCGUCGUCGCAAUCGGUGUGGUCACCGGGAUCAUCAUCACAGUCGCAAAGAAAAUGUCGGGCAGGUACUCGCCCUAAAGAUCGACAAAGAACAAAAUAAAAUCAGAAGAUCGCUUUCCCCUUUCUGAGCAUCUCUCCUCAUGUAUAGACCAUGGAAGAUGACCCGUGGAAACAGUGGAUGUGGACUUGCUGGCCCACGGAGAUCCGACACAAUUUCCUGGAGGGAUGCUUUGCUUGCCAAAAAAUGAAAAGUUGCUCACCUAAAAUAGCUAUAAAGGGAAUGGGAAAGUUUGCAAAGUUAGGAACUU